AUGUUGCGAGAAAGAUGUCGAGGCUUGGAAGAACGCCUAACCAUGGAACAGCAGUUAAAAGCAGCCGCUCUUACAAAUACAUCAGCUGUUCAAGCCAUCGAUACCAGAGAGAUUUUUGAUCGGUCUAAACGCGAUGGGGAAGAAAUCCGGCGCCUGCAGUUUGAGUUGGUCCGUUUAACUACCGAGUUGACCAAUGCUCAGGGUCAAUUAUCCUCCCUUGAACAGAGAUUAGAUGUAGCUCUGCAUGGACGUCUUAGAUAUAAGGACCUCUGGACUCGAGCAUUACAGGAGGUGACUAGAUUGAGACAAGAAGCAACAAAUGCAACCAAAUUGGAACUUCAGCGUAAGGAAGCUGAGGUGGAAGAAUUGAGGAGGGAACAAAAUCUUCUACUUCGUACUGGAUCCUGCAUGAUUCUUCAGAAUAACCCUGGACAGAGUAAUGGUGACUAUGCUCAACGGUCUAACUCGCGUUUUUAUGAUAUAACGUUGAUAUUAGUUAUGUUGAGCAUUCCCACAUUGGAAAGAAUCAUUGACUAUACGGAGGUGCGUUCGGUGUUGUUCGGACAGGAAGAAUGGCUGCUUGGGAUUAGUAAUGCCCAUGCUUGUUUCUUUGUCUCCUAUCUAGUGCUUAGCUCAAAGCGAAUAAGUUCAGGAGGUGAUCGCACUAAGGAUCUGAGUCGUGUCUAUGGGAAUGUGAGAUAUCAUUUCAAGAGCGAUGAAAAUCAUUGUCUCAUGGAGAAGGAGAACAAAGAGUACGUAAAACUGUGUCAUCACACUUGA